AUGUCGACCUCGUCACCCCCUUCGUCGAUCCUCAUCAUCGGUUCAGGCGUCUUUGGCCUGUCCACAGCCCUCGCCUUGGCCCUUCGUCCAGCCUACGCCAAGACGGAGAUCACCGUUCUCGACCGCUCCCCCGAACAAGGCGUCUUUCCUUCGCACGACGCCUCGAGCAUCGACUCUUCGCGCAUCAUCCGCCCCGACUACGCAGACCCCGCCUACUCGGCUCUCGCCGCCGCCGCCCAUCACCACUGGCGCCACAGCCCCCUCGGCGAAGAUGGCCGCUACACAGAGUCGGGCAUGGCUCUCAUUGCCGACGCGCCACCAGCUCACGUCAAGACGCGCACGCAGAUGGACUAUGUCCGCGACAGCUACGCCAACGUCAAGCGCCUCGCCCAGAGGAAGGAGUGCGGCAUCGACGCCGCCAGGCUCAGCGAGCUGCCGAGCAGGCGCGCCAUUGCCGAGCUCGUGGGCCUCAACCCGGCCGACGCCAACGCCGACACCGAUGCCGACACGACGCCCGGCGACUGGGGCUACCUCAACGGCAACUCGGGCUGGGCCGACGCCGGCCGCAGCAUGCAGUGGUUGCUCGCCCGCGUGCAGGCGACGGGCCGCGUGCGCUUCGUCCACGGCACGGCCACGGCGCUCCUACGCACCGGCGACCGCGUCACGGGGGCGCGCCUCGCCGACACGAGCACGCUGCUCGCGGCCCUCGUCAUCGUCGCGACGGGCGCCUGGACCGGCGCCCUCGUCGACCUCGCCGGCCAGGCCGUCGCCACGGGCCAGGUGCUCGCCUACCUCGACGUCGCGCCCGCCGAGGCCGCCGCGCUGCGCCACCUCCCCAUCGUGCUGAACCUCUCGACCGGCCUCUUCGUCAUCCCGCCCGCCGGCGGCCAGCUCAAGGUCGCGCGCCACGGCUACGGCUACGUCAACCCGCGCCCGCCCCCCGCCGCCGCCCUGCCGACGCGGCCCGGCGCCCGCCUCGCCCCCACGACCUCGCUCCCCUACACCGCCGUCGACGACCCGGCCCUGCGCAUCCCCGCCGAGGCCGAGGCCGACCUGCGCCGCGUGCUGCGCGCCACCGUCCCCCUCGCGCAGCUGCACGACCGCCCCUUUGCCGCCUCGCGCAUCUGCUGGUACACCGACACGCCGACGGGCGAUUUCCUCGUCGACUACCAUCCCGGCUGGCGGGGCCUGUUUCUCGCGACGGCGGGCAGCGGCCACGGCUUCAAGUUCCUGCCCAUCAUCGGCGACCACAUUGUCGAUUGCGUCGAGGGCCGCCGGCCUGAGGCGUUUGACGACAAGUGGCGGUGGCGGGGCGUCGAGAGGAGGGACGACGACGUGGAGCAGGUGUACGAGCACAUUGUCACAGAGGAUGGGAGUCGGGGCGGCAAGUUGGGGCUCGUGCUGGCCGAGGAGCUGGCUAAGAGCCACCGCGCGAAGAUGUAG